AUGCACAUUCUUCGCCAGGCAAAUCCGGACGCGUCUAUAUUACUCAUGCUGGGGACCGCACUGUACUUCCUUACUGGAGCUCUCAUCAACGGUCUAUACGAUAAUAGUCCACUAAACGUACAUCCUGAGGCUCCCAGCAACGGACUAUUCGAAGAUAUUUCCGGCUCACCUGCCGCAGCACCCACAUCACCAUUGACCGGCUCGUCCUGGUAUGACGACUACACACGCAUCGAGGCUGGCAUGGCAUUUCGAUGUUUCAUCGCCAAUCUGGCACUGCGGCGAGCACGGUUGACUGUUCUUGGGCCUGCAGCAAACAAUGAGCGGAAAUUUACGCCUCGGAAUGAGACUAACCGAGCGACGCCACAUCGCAACCUUUUGUACCCUUACCCGAACGUGCUACCAGCGACGGCAGGCUACUACUAUAUUAACACCACGGCACGGGCAGCAUCAGCUCCAACCUCCUGUCAUUAA